AUGGGGGUAAAGGUUGUAUUUUAAGGCAAGGGCGGUUUCCAGAAAGACGGGCUUUGGUUGGAAGGUGGGUUGAGUGCCCGACGGAUGAGUGCACCUUAUUCCGCACCCCUGCGCCUGCCUUGGGAACUACACCAGGCCCCCCCAGCUCUCACGCAGACGAUAGUGCGGCCUGCGAGGCUCCCCUGGCGGACGAGGCUAAUGGUUCGCCCCGCCCCGCCCACACAGAGGCCGCCCACUGGCUCCAGCUGCGUUUCUUGACUUUGGUCAGACCGGUUACUGAGGAAGGCGCUUGGCUCUCGCCCUCCGACCCUCCUUGGGGUAGGGCGCAUUGUCUUCAGUUCGGCCCGCUCAUUCAGACCCAGCCUCUGCCCUCCGAUUUGACCCUCAGAAGCCGGCCUAGCUUCCGCCUUCAGACCUAGGGAGAGGUCUCUACCAGCGUCUCAGACCAGAUUCUGGCUUCAUCAGGGCUUAAUCUCCACCUCAGCUCUUCUCUCUCCCCCACACCUCAAGACAGUCUACCCCCAGGCUGCAGGACAGAAACACGGACACUCAAUGAGGGUCAAACAUCUUUAAAUAAGGAGCCAGUGACAAUAAAUACUGUACAGGGGGAGAGGGUGAGGGUGAAGAUCCAGAUCUCUGAUUUCAGCCUCGAGAUUCCAAGGACCUGCGAGGAGGGUGAAGAGAGGGGAGCCAGGCUCAGGGAAGGAACCCUGGAGGAGCAUAAGAAAGCUAGGACUGGGGUUUCUGAGGGAAGGGCCCAAGUAGGGGUUGAGGAAUUCCAGGAGUAGGUGGGGAUGAGAGGGAGCUAGAGAGUCCCGGGGAAUUAAUUCACAAGGGUCCCAAGUGGGAGUCUGAGCCAGGGGGUAAGAUCAGCAUACCCAAGGAGAGGAGCCAGGGCUGGGGGAGGCCAUCAAGGUCCUAGGAAUCACUGGCCUGGUUUGAGAAUCUGGGGU